AUGGCUGCCCACACUCGCCUUCCCCACUUCCGGUUUCCGUGUCGUCAUCAGGUGCUUGGCCCCACCCCUUUUCGCUGUCACGUGGGUUCCUGGAGGGGGGAAAGCCUAAUAUCCCUCCCCCCAAUUUCUCUUCUCACUAGACGGAUGUAGACGGAGGAUUUUGUAUCCAGUAUGGCUGAGAAGAAGCCACCAGGAGGCCAGCGUGUAUUGUUGUUGCUGAUCAUUGCUGUUGCCUUCACACACUUAGCCGUUUGCCCGUUUACAAAAGUAGAGGAGAGUUUUAAUCUACAGGCCAUUCAUGACAUCGUAUAUCACAAGCUGGACUUGGAGAAGUAUGACCAUCAUGAAUUUCCAGGAGUCGUCCCAAGAACAUUCCUUGGUCCAAUUUUUGUUGCUGUGCUUUCUAGCCCUGCCAUAUGUGUUCUGUCUCUGUUGCAAAUGUCUAAGUUUUACUCCCAGCUGAUAGUCCGAGGAAGCCUGGGCUUGAGCGUGAUUUACGCCUUGUGGCGUUUGCACAAAGAAGUAAGAAAGCAGUUUGGUUCAACCGUGUCCUUGAUCUUCUGUCUGAUAUCUGCUUCUCAGUUCCACUUGAUGUUUUACUGCACUCGAACCCUCCCUAAUGUGUUUGCACUUCCUGUUGUUCUACUGGCAGUUACAUCUUGGAUACAGCAAAAGCACCACCUGUUCAUCUGGUUCUCAGCUUUGGCUAUUAUUGUCUUCAGAUCAGAGCUUUGCAUAUUCCUGGGCCUUAUGCUUCUGAUGACCCUCUUCAAGAAAAGACUUUCCUUUGUGAAAAUGCUCUCCUAUGCUGUUCCUGCAGGGGCUUUUUGGUUAGGACUUACAGUGGCCUUGGAUUCUGUGUUUUGGAGGCAGCCUCUGUGGCCUGAGGGGAAGGUGCUUUGGUAUAAUACCGUUUUAAAUAAAAGUUCCAGUUGGGGAACCUCUCCUUUUCUGUGGUAUUUUUAUUCAGCUUUGCCUCGUGCUCUGGGAUGCAGUAUUAUCUUUAUACCAUUAGGUGCAGGAGACAGAAGAACUCGAAUAUUAAUUCUACCCACACUUGGUUUUAUUUUCCUGUAUUCCUUUCUACCUCACAAAGAACUACGGUUUAUUAUAUAUACUUUUCCUGUCUUCAAUAUAGUGGCUGCCAAAGGCUGCUCACGAAUUGUAAACAAUUACAAGAAAUCUUGGCUGUAUAAGUUAGGUUCUCUCUUUGUGGCGACACAUCUUCUAGUUAAUGCUGCUUACUCAGGAGCAUCACUCUAUGUUUCACACUUCAAUUAUCCUGGAGGAGUUGCCAUGCAAAAACUACACCAGUUAAUACCUCCAACAGCAGAUGUUUCUAUCCAUAUUGAUGGAGCUGCAGCACAGACUGGAGUGUCUCGGUUUUUAGAAGUCAAUUCGGAUUGGAAGUAUGACAAAAGGGAAGACCUUAAACCAGGUGACUCCCUGAUGUUCUCAUACACACACUUACUUAUGGAAAUGGAUCCAGUUCAAAUGUCGCAUUAUAAGAUGACCCACCGAGUCCUGGCAUACAUACCUGGCACCAGUGGAAUUGGAUUGAAUUUUACUGCACUACCUCCUGUUACUUUAAACUUGAAAUCCAAACUAGUACUACUGGAAAAACUUCGUACUUCUUCUGGAGCAUAAAUGUUAAGAAACGUCACAUUUAUUUCCCCACAAAACUCAGUUGCAUUAAUGCAAAACCAUUACGCAAUGGCUGUGAAAGCUACAUGGUUUCAUUCCCUUUUCUUAUGUGAGAAGGCUGUGUAUACACAGCUGGCAUUGUAUAUACACAUAUAUAUUUCCAUGCAAUUGAACUUUGGUUAAAAAAAAUUAAUACAGAAUAAAUUCUGUAUCGUUUGUUUCACAAAUAGGUAAAGUACAGUUUAACUUUACCUAGUAAAAUACA